CAGGAAUUUUCGUCUGGCCUAAGUCUCUGGGACCUCCCUGAAUUUAAAGGCUAUACGGAGCGUAGCUUCUUGUACUUAUCUUUCAAGGCUACCAAUUUCGUGACUCUCCCAAAAUGCCGCCUACAUUAAUUCUCGUUCGCCACGCACAGGCGUUGCACAACGUGGACAAAGACUACAGCAUCCAUGACCCGGUGCUCUCAACGCUCGGCCGGGAACAAUGUGCUCAGCUGAAGGAACACCUGGUCCCGAGGAUACCCCGGGACCUUGACGUCGGCCUCAUCAUUGUCAGUCCCAUGAUCCGUACAAUCGAGACGGCGCUCCUUGCAUUUGGGAAACUCAUCGACAGAGGGAUGCCUAUCGUCGCGCACGCAGGCUGGCAGGAAAACUCCCUCCAGCCCUGCGACAUCGGCACCCCGUUGCCCGAGCUGGCCGCCCGCUUCCCGCAGGUCGACUUCUCCCGCGUGGACCCGCCCUACCCGGACAAGACCUCCGCGGCCGCCGCGCCGCGGUACGGCUUCACGCGCCAGGCCGUCGUCGGGCGCGGCCGUGCUGUGCUGCGGGAGCUGCGCGCCCGCCCGGAGAAGGCCGUUCUCGUCGUCUCGCACUCGGGCUUCCUACGGGUUGGGGUGACGGGGUGCUACUUCAUGAACGCCGACUAUCGGGUUUUUGAGUUCGAGAACGCCGGGGAGGGGGAGGAGGUGGUGGAAGGCGGUCUCGGGUUGAGAGAGUGGGAGGAGACGAGAAAGGGCGGGAUGGGCUGGAGCUGGGACGAGCGGGUGCCGCUGGGGGAUGGCCUGCCGGAUGCAGAUGCUCCUGGAGACGCUUGGGAGGCGGUAAACGGGAUGUGAGCCCCGCGGUGUGGCACCUCGACGGAUUCAGUUGGUCCUGCGUCAGGAGUGACUCUCGGGGUUCUCAAAGCCUUCCUCCUCCUGCCUAGUCCCUGACCAGUGUGUACGACCAACGCUAGUCGUCCGUAUCCGAGUCAUCACUCCUGCCAGAGACCCUCCAGUCAGCACCAAUUCGAUUUGACUUGGUGCAUCCGAAUCCUCAACAACGGGGCCGCCGACGUCCUCGGUCCAAUCACACCAAAGUACUGCGUGUGUUCCUCUAGAUAGGUAUCGGAAAGUUGCAUUAGCUGUUGCUGAU